AAUGUCUGUAAUGACCCUCGGUAAUUGAUAUGUGCCUAUUUUAUAAAUUACUUGCAGCGAUUUUAGAGGGUGCCGAGCCUUAAAAUGCAGCUUCCCCUCGACGAUUGAUCCUUUAAUCGUGAAACGCAACCGGACUUAGAAACGCCGGAUGCCUCGACCUUGACCUGUGUGCGACACACGGCUUUGUAAUGUCCGGUAUAUUGCUGAUGAUUUUAUGACCCCGUAUGUAGCAAUUGAAGCAAUUAUUUUUUUUUCAUAUCACAGCGUAAUUGGGCUAUUUUGGGGGGUUGUCAUGUGGGUGUUUGGCUACGGAUCGCUAAUUUGGAAGGUGGACUUUCCCUACGAGGAGAAAAGAAUCGGUUACGUUAAUGGCUUCAGUCGUCGCUUUUGGCAGGGCAGCACAGACCACCGCGGAGUGCCGGGGAAGCCGGGUCGCGUGGUGACACUGGUGGAGGACCCUGAGGGUCGUGUUUGGGGAGUGGCAUACAAGCUCCCCACGGGCCGGGAGCAGGAAGUGAAGCGCCAACUAGACCACCGAGAAAAGGGCGGCUACCGCGUGAUGGCUGUGGCCUUCAACCCGCGACCGCCGCUGACACCGCCGCCUUGCCAGACCCUACUUUACAUCGGCUCGCAAGACAACCCCGAUUAUCUGGGUCCCGCCCCCUUGGAGGAGAUAGCCAAUCAGAUCGUGGGCUCCACAGGGCCCAGCGGCCGGAACACGGAGUAUCUUUUUCAGCUGGCCGACGCCGUCAGGAACAUCCUACCCGAGGAUGACGACGCACACUUGUUUCGCUUGGAGAUGCUCGUACGCCAGAGACUAGAGGAAGACUGCCCCCCCAAAUCACCAUCCUAAUUAUAACAAGUUCAUCAUCAGCCAUAA